AUCUAUUCGGCAAAGCUUAUAAUUAUUCUUCAUCAGCAGCGUAUUACCCUUUUCCAAUCAUUGGUGUUCAUUGACAAGCUCUUCAUUGACGCGUUGCCGCUGAUUUGUGCGUUGACAGAAAACGAAGCAAAUGCCAUUGGCACAUUUCUACAAAUACUCCUUUCUCAUGCUCAACGGUGGCACUCCGACAGUUCAGUUUUUGAAAAGAUGCGGCUAUAUACUGCUUUCAAUUCGGUACUUUCGGUGGAAAACAACGAGUAUGUACAAGUACGGAAUUGCUUGGUGGUAAUGACGAAGCUCGCUCCAUGUUUCCCACUCUUGAAGGAUUUGGUGGAAAAUGUAGAGAAGUUGGCUGAGAAAACCGAGAAAGGAAAAAGAGAUGAGCUGUCAUUGAAAGCUGCAAGCUAUCUAGUCCGACUGAAAAUGCGCAAUGUUCCAAUCUUCGAGGCAUCCCAAUUCCAUCGUCCUUUGCUAAAACAUCCUGUGAAACAGAAUUCUGUUUUGGAACGGAAGCGAGUUGCUCCGGCUCCGGGUAUUGAAGCAAAGAAGAAGGUGAAAGUGGAAAAGCCGAAGAGUGUAGAACGAAAAGAACCGGAAAGAAAGGAUUUACCGAAAGUAGAAAAGCGGGAAAAGAAGGAAGAGCAGGUGGUGGUCAAGGAGGACAAAUCACCUGCUAAUGGCGGGUCAAAAGAGCGGAAGGAGGCGACGGUGACCAUUGCGAAAGAGGUUAAGGAUGAUAAAAAAGAUUUCAAAGAGCCCAAGGAGAAGCGAGAAGAAACAAGAACGGCGAACGAAAAGGGUGCAGAGCGUCGAAGAAAGAGGACCUGCGAGGGAGUAUGGACGGCGAGAAGGAUCGAGGUCUCGAUGAUGAGGAAAUUGGGGCCAGCGUUACCACCAACAAUGAGAGAGGACCGAACGGAUGAUCGAAAACGCGACCAGAAAGCUCACAAAAGAUCCGCUCGAGAUGAGGAGCAGAAUGGGCAUUCAAAAGUUGCGCGAAAGGACCGUGAUCAGAUCGAAUCAAGAUUAUCCCGACCUGUGUCACAUGAGCGCAGAGCCCCGUCACCUGUACGAGAAAAGGAGAGGCGAGAUGAAAAGAAAGAUAGGCGGAAAGAUAGUAAACCAGUGCGUAAGUAG